UAACUCAGCCCAGCCCAGCCCAUCCAAGGCUCCUCAACGGUGGAGCAGACACCGCAGCACCAACGCGAACCCUCACCACUCUCUCCGUCUCGCACCAUCCCCUCGCCGCCGGCGCCGCCGCCGCCGCCAUGCUCCGGCUCCGUCGCGGCGUCCUCGCCCAGGUCCUCUCGUCUCUCUCCGCCUCUUCCGUACCCCCUCUCCACCGCCUCAUCUCCGCCGCGGCGCCCGCCAUCUCCCCAAACCCUAGCUUCGCCGUGGAGGAGUACCUCGUCUCCACCUGCGGCCUCACCCGACCACAGGCCCUCAAGGCCUCCGCCAAGCUCUCCCACCUCAAGUCCCCCGCAAAUCCCGACGUCGUGCUUGCCUUCCUCGCCGACCUCGGCCUCUCCGACGCCGAUGUCGCCGCCCUCGUCGCCAAGGACCCGCAGAUCCUCUGCGCCAGCGUGGAGAGAACCCUGGCGCCCGUCGUCGCCGGGCUCUCUGGCCUCGGCUUAUCGCGUUCCGACAUCGCGCGCCUCGCCUCGCUCUCCCGUAGCAGCUUCCGCUAUAGAUCCAUCGUCUCCAAGCUGCAGUACUACAUGCCUCUCUUUGGGUCCUUUGAGAAUCUCCUCCGAGCCCUCAAGAGGAACUUCUACCUUCACUCGGCUGACCUCGAUGAUGUGGUCAAGCCCAACGUCGCGUUGCUGCGGGAGUGCGGGCUAGGUGCUUGUGAUAUUGCCAAGCUAUGCAUCAGUAAACCAUGGCUUCUCGCCGCCAACCUGGAGCGUGUCCAGGCGAUGGUGGAAUGCGCUGAAAACAUAGGUGUGCCCCGUGCCUCUGGAAUGUUCAGGCAUGCGCUGCACGCUGUUGCAUUUCUCAGCGAGGACAAGAUCGCAGCCAGGGUGAACUACUUGAAGAACACCUUCAGGUGGACGGAUGCUGAGGUAGGCAUGGCUGUUUCUAAGUAUCCAACGGUGCUGAAUAGGACUAAGGAGUUUCUGCAGAGAAGGUCAGAGUUCCUGAUCUCUGAUUUGGGGUUGGAACCGGCAUACAUUGCUCAUCGCCCGCUAAUGCUCGCAUACAGCCUGGAGGGGAGGCUAAGGCCCCGAUACUACGUUGUAACUUUUCUUAAGGAGAAUGGAUUGCUAGAUCAUGGUCGAGAUUACUAUUAUGCAGUUAAGAUGACUGAGAAGGUAUUCAUGAAGAAGUUCAUAUGCCCUCACAAGGACGCUGCACCAUACCUUGCUGAAGACUAUGUAGCAGCUUGCAGAGGGGAAUUGCCGCCUAGAUUCAGAUUUACAUGAAGCAAGGAAAGGCUAUGGAAAUUGGUAACUGUGUAUGUCAUGACAGACUUUUCACUAUUCUUAGUAAGCUGGCAAUUCACAUUAGUGUAUUCUGCCUAAACAGACACUCCCUCCAUCUGGUAAUACUUGUCGGAGAAAUGGAUGUAUCUAGACGUAUUUUAGUUCUAAAUACAUCCAUUUUUAUUCAUUUUUGCGACAAGUAUUUCCGGACGGAGGGAGUAUUAGUUUUCUGCUGUACUAUGUCUUCCACAUGCUGGUUUGGUCGUUGCUAAUACCUAAUGAAUUGAUAGUUUAAUUCAUGAACACCUUGGUGUUGAUGUUAUGAUGUUUGUCGUUAAGUAGACAUGAAAGCAUCACCUCCAAUCCCUCAAAAUGAGAGUACAUGAAUAUAUUUGUGUUUCCAACCUCCAAUCCUGCAAGGAAAACCCUAUGUAUCCAUACAUACUAGGACUGAACUCUUUCUUUUAUUUGUGCCGUUCCUGUCCGCACACAAACACAUGUUAUGGUUGAGGUGAUAGGGCUAUUCGCUCUUCAUCUGGUAGCACAAGGAAAAAGACCUGGGAAGCACAGGAGGUGAUAAUGGUUCUUGUAGCAUGACUAGGUUUAAUUCCGUUACAUGCAUGGUACAACAUAUCAGUCGAAUUCCAGAGGGCUUGAUCCUUGCCUCCUUUGUACAUACAAUCUAUAUACAGCUUUGCCUUAAAGGGCUCAUCAGUAACAUCAGUUGCCCUUUCUGGGGUUCUCUGUGACCUGUUUGCACUGUCUGAAACAAAGAGGAAAGAUACCCGUCACAGUCAUAAUUCUUUCAUUAGACUCAGUUCUCGUGAUUACCUGAUCCCAUUCAUUCUUUCAGGUAGCAGUCGCCGGUUAUUUUAAAAGCUUGUCUACCAGGGACCGUGUGUCUAAUUCUGUAUGCCAACUAGAGAAGACAUGUCACACAUAGGUUGUACUUGUCGAAUAGGUGACAUUUACCUGGAAAUAUUGUUUGAAUCUAAUCCACCCAAACUCAAAGUCUUCAAGUUAAUGAAUUUAGACGUUGCUUUCUUUCUAGUAGGAAAAGAUAUGCUGACAUUAGUUUCAGGUGCAGGCCGCCUAAACGAGGCAGAAGACUGGUCUCGCUUCGGGGCACACUGCAGACGCAUAGGAAAAUGGAUUGCUAGGUUGCAGCCGGGAUUACUAUUACACAGUCAAGGUGACCGGGAAGGAAUCUAUGGAGAAGUUCAUAUGCCCUCACAAGGAAGCUGCACCACACCUCACUGAAGAUUAUGCGGCAGCCUGGAAAGGUGAAGUGCCGACUAGAUUCAGAUUUGCCUGAACCAAGACUGGUCUCGGAGGACUAACUUUAAACCCCUCUUUCCAAUGAAAUGAAGCGCAAGCCCCCUUUGCGUUUUCUCGAUUUUUUUUUCCUAACUGCAUAUGGAGAACAAAAUUUUCACUCUCCGUAUUAGGCUAUUCAUUCCUGAUUCAGUGUUGUUGGCUGCUAUCUAUAAUCUAUUGUAUGUCUGUUAGACUGUUACAUGCUCAUUUGGCAGUGCUAAUUCAGGAUGACACUGAUAUUUAUUUA